AGUGAAAGGAAGAUCUAUAUCAGUGCAAGAGCAAGGGCUACGAUUUUCGUUGCUUAGAAGCUGGAAAAGCGAAAAGAAAAUAUCAAAAACAAAGUUCCAGAAACCUCCUCUGAGAGAACUGAGCGAAAGCAAAUCUCUGAGAGAGAACCCUAAUGAUGAUGAGGAUGCGACCUGUUUGGCUGCUCUUCGCGAUUAUCGCUUCCUGUUCUUUGCAGCUUCUAUGUGCUUCCGACGAUACGAUAUUGUACGAGUCCUUUGACGAAUCAUUUGAAGGCCGCUGGAUUGUGUCUGAGAAGGAUGACUAUAAAGGUGUCUGGAAGCACUCUAAGAGUGAAGGGCAUGAUGACUAUGGCCUUCUUGUGAGUGAGAAGGCAAGGAAGUACGCCAUUGUCAAAGAGGUUGAUGAGCCCGUGAAUCUCAAGGAUGGCACAGUCGUCCUCCAGUUUGAGACUCGCCUACAGAAUGGGCUUGAAUGUGGUGGUGCAUAUUUGAAAUACCUUCGACCUCAGGAGGCUGGAUGGAAGCCUAAAGAAUUUGACAAUGAGGCUCCUUAUUCAAUCAUGUUUGGACCUGACAAAUGUGGGGCCACGAACAAGGUGCACUUCAUUUUCAAGCAUAAGAAUCCCAAGAGUGGUGAGUAUGUUGAACACCAUCUGAAGUACCCACCCUCUGUCCCAUCUGACAAAUUGACUCAUGUGUACACGGCCAUUCUGAAACCCGAUAAUGAGUUGCGAAUUUUGAUUGAUGGGGAGGAGAAGAAAAAGGCAAACUUCCUGUCAUCAGAAGAUUUUGAGCCUCCACUAAUUCCUUCCAAGACAAUUCCUGAUCCAGAUGAUAAGAAACCUGAGGAUUGGGAUGAGAGAGCUAAAAUUCCAGACCCUGAUGCUGUAAAACCUGAAGAUUGGGAUGAAGAUGCACCAAUGGAGAUUGAAGAUGAAGACGCAGAGAAACCUGAAGGAUGGUUAGAUGAUGAACCUGAAGAGAUAGAUGAUCCCGAGGCAACAAAACCAGAAGAUUGGGACGAUGAGGAGGAUGGUGAAUGGGAGGCCCCAAAGAUUGAUAACCCAAAGUGUGAGGUUGCUCCUGGCUGUGGUGAAUGGAAGAGGCCAACAAAGGGGAAUCCUGCUUACAAGGGAAAAUGGCAUGCACCACUUAUUGACAAUCCUAAUUACAAGGGCAUUUGGAAGCCUCAGGAGAUACCAAAUCCUGACUACUUUGAACUCGACAAACCCGACUUUGAGCCUAUAGCUGCUAUUGGCAUUGAGAUUUGGACAAUGCAAGAUGGUAUAUUGUUUGAUAACAUUCUGAUAGCAAAGGAUGAGAAAGUUGCAGAGUCAUACAGGGAGACCGCUUGGAAGCCGAAAUUUGAAGUUGAGAAGGAGAAACAAAAGGAUGAGGACGAAGCUGCUGGAUCAGAUGGUCUAGCGGGCAUCCAGAAGAAGGUAUUUGAUGUCCUAUACAAGGUUGCAGAUAUUCCCUUCUUAAGUGCAUACAAGCUUCAAAUAAUUGAUAUUAUUGAGAAGGGAGAGAAGCAGCCAAAUCUCACAAUUGGCAUCAUUGUAUCUGUUGUGGUGGUCAUCUUCACAGUUCUUCUCAAGAUCCUUUUUGGUGGCAAGAAGCAGCAAACACCACAGCCAAGAACCGAGAACACUUCGGAAACCACCGAGACUUCUAAAAAUGAAGGUAGCAGUGGGGAGAAGGAAGAAGAGAAGGAGGAAACUGCGGCUGUACCUCGCAAGAGAACCAGCAGGCGUGAAAACUAAAGGAAAUUAAAAAGAAAAAAGAUUAUUAAUUGCAGUUUUUGUCAAAUUUUGGAUUAGUUUAUUUGCUAGGGGGUUACAUUAUUGGUUGUUGUUGUUGACUAUUGUUUUUUAUAGCUUUUGUCUUGAAGCGUUAGAUGAUGGAGACUGUAAAUGAUAUCCAUGAUGCGAGUUUUAUUUCCACAGCGAAUUGAUUGUUGUGUUAUGUAUCA